AUGAGUCAACCAGACCCCAAUCAGAAACCUCCUCCACCAUCUGCUCCGCCGCCCCCGCCGCCACCUCCGCCUCCGCCUCCGACACCACCUCCGCCGCGACCGUCAGCUACCGUUGAGAACCCACCAAGGGAUCAAUCGCUACACGUCCAACCAACUAUAGCAACAGACUCACUACCGUCCCCAAAAAAGGUGAAGAAGACCUCCGCCGCCGCCAUGGGCUCCAACUCCGCCGUCGGCGGCCGACCUGCCGGCGGAAAGCACCCGACAUAUCGCGGCAUCAGGAGCCGCAGCGGGAAAUGGGUGUCCGAAAUCCGGGAGCCGAAGAAGACCACCCGCAUAUGGCUGGGUACCUAUCCCUCGCCGGAGAUGGCCGCCGCCGCCUACGACGUGGCGGCGCUGGCCCUCAAGGGCGGCGACGCGGCUGUCCUUAACUUUCCCGACCGCGUCGGGACGUACCCGGUCCCGGCGUCCCCUUCGCCGCCGGAUAUCCGCAGGGUGGCGGCGGAGGCGGCGGAGAUGAUGAAGGCGGAGGCGGGAGGGCCGCCGGAAUCCAGAGUUUCCGGUGAGGACACUUUGGCCGGCGGGCAGGAGUUUGUGGAUAUGGAGGCGCUGUUUGAUAUGCCUAAUUUGUUAAAGGAUAUGGCGGAGGGGAUGAUGGUCAGCCCGCCAAGGAUGGCGGCGGAGCCGUCAGACGAUUCGCCGGAGAACUCCAAUGCCGAUAGCCUCUGGAGCUACUUUUAA